AUACCAGGUGCAAUAUAACUAAGGUCUAUUCCAAACCUUUACCACUAAACUUCAUUCGGUGUCCAGUGAUUCCCUAGAUGUACUAUGAUUUCAUAAUUACCCAUUUUUUUUCUGCAGGAUAGUAACGUUGCUGAGUUGCUGGAGGAGGGCGCUGUAGUGAUCGCGCAAUCCCUCUUCGAGAAAGGUCAACACCUUGUGGCGCUAUCAUACUUGGCCAGGGCAAAAACACCAAACGCUCUCUUUGCGAAAGCAAUGCCGCUCCAUGAGAUAGUCCUGACUCUCCUGGAGGAAAUCGAGGCGGAGCAGGCCUCCAUCAUGGGGCAGAUAUCCACCCUGGAGGCCAACAACAAUCCAGACAUCUCCAACCUUUCUUCCAUCAGACACAGCUCCUUCAUUGUAGAGACCACCAGAAGCUCCCGCCGUAAGAGGCCCUUACAUGGCUACAAAUGGCUAUUCACGGAUGUGAUGCAGAGAGAGAACAGGACCCUGCCACAGUCUCAGCACCCUGAACAACUGUGUCCUGUCCCGAGCCGUUGUUAUCUGGCAGCCCUGAAACUGUCUCACUCACAUCUACUUGAGCAGAAUCAAAGAUUGAUAAAGAGAGAAGAUAAGAUCAUUGAAUCAAACGCUGAACUCAAGAGAUCUUACGCUGAGCUCACGGAACAAGUCCUUCAACUCACCAAGGACCUUCAAGAGAUCAAACUUCAACAAGCCGAAGCUCACAACCAGGCCCCCACUGCACCAGCCCCUUCCAUACCAGCUCGUACCACACCAGCCAACCAGGGUGUGACUGGUUGGACCCCAUCGCCAGCCCCCCAAGCCACUUCAUCCCCUCAGCUGCCCCAGCAAGCUCCCCAGCAAGCACCCCAGCAACCUCCUCAGCAGCCUCAACAUCCGCUGGCUUCCAGACAAAGUGGUUCAAUCACCAGUGGAAUGCCAUCCAAGUCUCAUGGUGUUGUCCCCCCGGCCAUGUUCUCACCAGGCUCUCCAUCCCCCUCGGCUGCAGCCAGACCUACCCCUGCAGCCCCCGCCCAGGUACCCAACAGGGGUUUCGUCAGCACCCCUGAAAGGGGCAUCGAAAACGUGACUCCACCCGUGGUGGCCUCACCGGGCCUGAGCCCCUUUGCAGGGACACCAACCAAACCACUGGGCACAGGAGGAGAACCAAGCAAAGCGAGCCUCCAGCCACUGGGGAUUGCUAAUCAGAAUAUGACUGACAGACAGAGGCUGACUAUAAUGGCAGUUGCUGCUGCUACGGGAGGGGGUUCCCCUUCCCCUGCUUCACUUCAUACUUCUGCACAACCUCAGCCAAAGACACAGUUCACAGGAUUUGCUCCCAGCCCCGCUUCUGCCACCUCAAAACCAAGUCCAACCUUCGGCAGCUUCUCAUUCUCGCCAAGCACUGUCAAACCAGCGCCCUCUAUAGCCCAGCCAGCCACCACUCCCUCCUCUGCAUCCUCAUUCACUAGCUUCUCCUUCGGCAUGUCUACCACCACGUCUGCUCCGUUAACGUCCACCUUAUCAUCAGCGGGUGUCUUCAAGCCUGUAGGACCUUCAAAGGCCACUCUCCAGCCUGCAGCUGCAGCAGCAAGAUCGUCAGUGGUCUUCGGCAAGCCUAACCCUAGCCAAGAAGCAAGGUCCGCAUCACUGGUGUAUCCAGGGUUCUUUGCCUCUCCGAAAGGGUUUGCCGGCUCUCCACAGGCUGAUCAGACGGUACUGUCCUCCAGGAAGCCGGGACAGAGUCCUCUGGCCAAGGAGGCUGCAUCGCCCAAAGAGGCAGACACACCCAAGUCUGUAUCCUUAAAGUCAGAGGGUGAAGGCUCCCCAUCCCCCUCUGCCGCAGCCAGACCUACCCCUGCAGCCCCCGCCCAGGUACCCAAAAGGGGCAUCGUCAGCACCCCUGAGAGGGGUGUCAAGAAUGUGACUCCGCCCGUGACCACACCGGGCCUGAGCUCCUUUGCAGGGACACCAACCAAACCCCUGGGUGCAGCAGGAGAACCAAGCAAAGUGAGUCUCCAGCCACAGAAAACUACUGACAGACAGAGGCUGGCUAAAAUGGCAGCUACUGCUGUUAAUGGAGGGGGUUCCCCUGCUUCACUCCUUCCUACUUCUGCAGCAGCUCGGCCAAAGAUACGGCUCACAGGAUUUACUCCAUGCCCUGCUUCUUCCACCUCCAAACCAAGUCCAGCCUUCGGCAGUUGCUCCUUCUCGCCAAGCACUGUCAAACCAGCGCCCUCUAUAGCCCAGCCAGCCACCACUUCCUCCUCUGCAUCCUUAUUCACUAGCUUCUCCUUCGGCAUGUCUACCACCACGUCUGCUCCGUUAACGUCCACCUUAUCAACAGCGGGUGUCUUCAAGCCUGUAGGACCUUCAAAGGCCACUCUCCAGCCUGCAGUUGCAGCAGCAAGAUCGCCAGUGGUCUUCGGCAAACCUAACCCUAGCCAAGAAGCAAGGUCCGCAUCACUGGUGUAUCCAGGGUUCUUUGCCUCUCCGAAAGGGUUUGCCGGCUCUCCACAGGCUGAUCAGACGGUACUGUCCUCCAGGAAGCCGGGACAGAGUCCUCUGGCCAAGGAGGCUGCAUCGCCCAAAGAAGCAGACACACCCAAGUCUGUAUCCUUAAAGUCAGAGGGUGAAGGCUCCCCAUCCCCCUCUGCCGCAGCCAGACCUACCCCUGCAGCCCCCGCCCAGGUACCCAAAAGGGGCUUCGUCAGCACCCCUGAGAGGGGCGUCAAGAAUGUGACUCUGCCCGUGACCACACCGGGCCUGAGCUCCUUUGCAGGGACACCAACCAAACCCCUAGGUGCAGCAGGAGAACCAAGCAAAGUGAGUCUCCAGCCACAGAAAACUACUGACAGACAGAGGCUGGCUAAAAUGGCAGCUACUGCUGUUAAUGGAGGGGGUUCCCCUGCUUCACUCCUUCCUACUUCUGCAGCAGCUCGGCCAAAGAUACGGUUCACAGGAUUUACUCCAUGCCCUGCUUCUGCCACCUCCAAACCAAGUCCAGCCUUCGGCAGUUUCUCCUUCUCACCAAGCACUGUCAAACCGCUGCCCUCUUCAGCCAAGCCAGCCACCACUCGUUCUGAUGCAUCCCCAUUCAAUGGCUUCUCCACAUCUGCUCCUUCAACAGCAGGUGUCUUCAAGCCUGCAGCAUCUUCAAAGGCCACUCUCCACCCUGCAGCAGCUCAGCCAAAGAUACAGUCAUCAGCCAGCCUGAAAGCAAAGCUUACCAAUGAAUAUGGUUCAUGGGACUGUGAUGCCUGUUACUCUAACAAUGCAGCUGAGUCUCCUGCCUGCGUUGUCUGUACUGCACCCAAGGCAGUGCCUACCUCUGGUGCUAAGGGUGCCGAUGCCGGUGCUCCUAGCACAAGUUCUGCACUUGCAGCAAAGUUUGCCGAUAAGCCUGAGUCAUGGGACUGCGACGCCUGUUACACUAACAAUGUAGCUAAGUCUUCUGCCUGCACUGCAUGUACUGCUCCAAAGCCAGGUACGGAUCCCAAACAACCUACCGGCGCUAGUACCAGUACAGGCGCCGUCGGUGGUGCUUUUGCUUCUCCAUUGGGGUUAACCUUAGGAUCCAAGCCAAGCGGUGCACGUACUGGACUUGGCUUUGAAAGUUCUCCGACCGCUGGAAGUACCACUGGUAGUGGUGUCGCCUUCAAGGUACCUGCUGGGUUUAGCUUGUCUGGAAACUCUUCUGCCUCGAAAAGUUCCACCCUGGACUUAACAACAACUGACGGUGCUGCAUCCUCAAGUGUAGCAUUCAAGGUUCCUGCAGGAUCCAGCCUCUCAUCUCAGUCGACACCUUUCACAGGAUUAGUCUUUGACGCCAAAAAAGAUGACACCCAUAAGCCUAAGGAGAAUGAUAGUGCCAUCAAGGCACUUUCAACAGGCUUCACGUUUUGUGCAGCCGAUAGCAAUGAGGCAGCACCAUCAACUUCUACCGGUGCAACCGCUCUAGGUGGUACCUUGGUCACGGACAAGUUCACCUUUGGUAAAUACGUGCCUACGUUCUUCUUUGGUAGCAACGACAAAUCCAAGUCUGAUGCAGGGUUCGCCUUCGGUCAACCAGAUGCGGGGGAAACCAAGGAAGGGAACCCAUGGUUCACCUUUGGUAAACACAAACCUCAGUUCUCCUUUGGUGGCAAGGACAAAUCCAAGGCUGAUUCAGGAUUCUCCAUCAUUUUUCCUUCAGCUAAACCAGAUGCAGGUGAAACCAAGGAAGGGUACCCAUUCUCGAGUGCCCUCAACUCCUCGAUCUCUGAUUCUGAGUCCAAAGCAGACGCCUCAUUAGCAUCCUCUACACCAAGCAAACCUGCUCUGACCAUCACCGACAUAGCCAAGUCUCAGGGUUUAUCUUUCACCUUCUGCAUGGACCUCGAUGAGAAGGUGGAGCAAGUGGAAGAUGUUAACUUUAAGCCCAUCUUCCAGAUGCCAGAAGAUUAUGAAGUCAUCAGGACGGGAGAGGAAGGAGAAGAAGUGAAGUUCAGUCACCGAGCCAAGCUGUACCGUUACGAUAGUGAUGCAAAGGCAUGGAAGGAGAGAGGUGUGCAUGAUAUCAAGGUUCUCUACAACUCUCAAGAUUGUGCCUAUAGGAUCAUCAUGAGGAGAGAACAGUCCUCGAUCUCUGAUUCCGAAUCAAAAGCAGACGCCUCAUCAGCAUCCUCUACACCAAACAGCAAACCUGCUCUGACCCUCACCAACAUAGCCAAGUCUCAGGGUUCGUCUUUCACCUUCUGCAUGGACCUCGAUAAGGAGGUGGAGCAUGUGGAAGAUGUUUACGUUAAGCCCAUCUUCCAGAUGCCAAAAGAUUAUGAAGUCAGGACGGGAGAGGAAGGAGAAGAAGUGAAGUUCAGUCACCGAGCCAAGUUGUACCGUUACGAUGGUGAAGCGAAGGCAUGGAAGGAGAGAGGUGUAGGAGAUAUCAAGGUUCUCUACAAUGCUCAAGAUCUUGCCUAUAGGAUCAUUAUGAGGAGAGAACAGGUGUUCAAAGUCUGUGCAAACCACUUCAUCACCUCCCACAUAGAGCUUUGUCCUAACUCUGGUUCUGACCGUUCAUGGGUGUGGUCAGCAAUGGACGCUUCAGAAGGAACGGUCCAGAAUGAACAGCUAGCCGUCCGCUUCAAGACGGCAGACACGGCCAAAGAGUUCAAGGAGGCUGUUGACAGGGCCAAAGAAGAUUUGGAGAAGAAUGGAGGAAAGGAAAAGAAGGCUGAUGGUGCAGACUCUAAAAGUGCGGAGCCAGUAGUCAGGUCAUGUGAUCCUAACCUCUCGUCUGUUCUAGCUGAAGCUAUCAAGGCAUCGUCGGAACCCAACGCUGCAACCUCAACCAUUCAAUCAAUCGGUGGCGAAGUGAACCCCGAGGAAGAGCGAGACAUCCACUUCCAGCCAAUCGUCAAGCUCCCAGACAACGAGUACAUCGUCACAGGGGAGGAGCAGGAGGUGGCCAUGUUCGUGGGGCGUGGCAAACUCUACCGGUUUGAUGGAGGGGUGCGGCAGUGGAAGGAGAGGGGCGUCGGUGAUAUGAAGAUCAUGAAGGAGGAGGAGACGGAUGUUUAUCGAAUCCUCAUGAGAAGAGAUCAGAAACAUAAGGUAUUCAUUGUAAUAUUCCUGAUUUUUAAAAGCAUUUUUACUCAUUGCGUACGGGAACCGGGUGAUCCCUUUAUUAGAGAGAAAGUUGUGUUCUGGGAGGAGGUGAAAAAUGAUUUGUGA